UAACUUCAAUUUGAACAAAGGCUCAAUAUACUCAGACUCAUUUUUCUGUUGUGUCGAUCUAAUUCGCAGGAUAAGCAAAUUCGCCCAAUCAACUUCAAGACUUCAACCUUUGAUUUGAUUUAGUUACUCCCACCAAGGUAUUCUUCUGAUCUUUCUCCCUCCUUCCCUAACAACUUGAACGCUUUUCUUUCUGUGUCUUUGUAAAAUCAACAACCUAUAAAACUUUGUUUCUUUUGUUUUUGGUGCCUCAGCAAUGCUGUGUUUGCUUCUGCUUCUUCUUCCCGAGUGAAAUAUGAUGUUUUCAUCAGCUUUCGAGGUUCAGACAUCAGAUUUGGUUUUCUCAGCCAUUUGACAACGGCAUUGCGUGGAAAGCAGAUAGAUGUCUAUGUGGAUGACAGGCUUGAGAGAGGGGAUGAAAUAUCAUUGGCACUUAAGGAAGCCAUAGAAGGAUCAAUGAUUGCGUUGGUCAUAUUCUCCAAAGAUUAUGCUUCUUCAGAGUGGUGCUUGCAAGAACUUGUCAAAAUCAUGGAAUGUAAGGAAGCAAGUGGACAAAUUGUGUUACCAGUUUUCUAUUGUGUAGAUCCUUCAGAUGUCAGGCGUCAAAAACGAACUUAUGCAGAUGCAUUUGCACAUCUUGAACUGAAGUUCAAGGAUAACUCAAACGAGUUGAAAAAUUGGAGAUCUGCCUUGAAGAAAACCGCAGACUUAUCUGGUUAUCAUUCAUCAAAUUUUCAAAACGAAUCACAGCUCAUUGAUGCAAUAGUCCAAGAUGUCCUAAAAAAAUUGGAAGAUAACAACCCGGUUGCGCCACAAUCCCAUCUAGUUGGAUUUGAUCAAAAUCUCGCCAUUGUUGAAUCAUUAAUGAAAAUUACGUCACAAGAAGUUCUAGUUCUUGGUAUUUGGGGUGUUGGUGGGAUAGGCAAAACAACCCUGGCUCGAGCUACAUUUGACAAAUUCUCUUCUCAAUUUGAAAGUUGCUGCUUCAUAGAAAAUGUGAGAGAGGAAUCAACAAGGAUCAAUGGUUUGCGUUAUUUGCGUCAAAAGCUUCUUUCUAAGCUAUUAGACCAAGAUGAAGAUCUCCCCAUAAAAAUGAAUUAUGCAAAGAAGGCUAUCACGGAAAAAGGUCUUGAUUGUGCUUGAUGAUGUGUCCAAUUCAAAGCAAUUAAAAGAUCUAGCUGGACAACAACUUUGCUUGGGAUCUGGCAGUAGAGUAAUUGUAACAAGUAGAGACAAGCAUGUUUUUAGGAGUGGAGGGAUUCAUGAUGAAUAUAUACAUGAAGUCAAGGAGUUGAAUUUUGAAGAAUCACUAAAACUUUUUAGUUUACAUGCCUUCAAGCAAACUCACCCCAGUAUGGGAUAUGAAAAGCUAUCAGAAAUGACAGUUGCCUAUGCUAAAGGCAUUCCUCUAGCUUUAGAAGUUUUGGGUUCCCAUUUUCAUUCUAGAGAUAAGGCAUACUGGGAGAGUGAGCUCGAGAAACUCAGAAAGUAUCCCCGUCCAGAAAUUCAAAAUAUAUUGAAAGUUAGUUAUGAUGAAUUAGAUGACAUGGAUAAGGAAAUAUUUUUAGACAUUGCAUUUUUUUUCAUUGGAGAAGAAAAAGAUAGCGUUACUCAGGCGCUAGAAUCUUGUGGUUUCAAAGCAGUUAGUGGAAUCCAAAAUCU